AUGUCAAAGGAGUCUGCAAGCCCUACAGUAGCUCUGGUGACUGGAGCGAACCAGGGGAUCGGCUAUGAGAUUGCCAAGAGACUUGCGUCUGAACAUCCAGACUACCAUGUCUUCAUGACAGGACGACGAAAAGAAGCGAUUGAAAAGGCAGCUUCAGAGCUGCAGGAGGCCGGCUUGAAUGUAGAGCCCCUCGUACUCGACAUCACCUCCGACGACAGCAUAAAAUCAGCCCUCGACAUAAUCCGCUCCAAAUUUGGCCACCUUGACGUUCUGAUUAACAACGCCGGUAUCCUCUCGGGCAAGCCCGAAGACUCGAUCCGGCAAAAGCUCACGACGGUCUACGACACCAACGUCUUUGGCACGAUCGCCGUCACAGACGCCUUUAUUCCUCUUCUUUGCGAGUCUACCAAGGUCAGGCGCGUUGUUUUUACGCAGUACAUCGUCUUCCUCUCAUUCCCUCACACUCUACCUCCGCCGCGGGCCCCAAAGGACGAAGCGCCGCGAUCCCAUCAGGACUUUUACAGAUGCAACUGCACCACCUGCCACAAGGCCGGAUUUCUCCACAUGCGCCUCGCCUCAGCUCCGGACGACUUUCUCCUUCUGAAACCUCUCGAUCCGUACAAUGACCUUGGCGACUACACCGUCUAUGAGAAGGAUUUGCACUUUCUCUUUUGCAAGACCUGUGGCAUGCGAUGUUUCAUCGUCAUGGGGGAGGGCGAGGUGGCAAACGUGGACCUAACGACCGUGAAAGCCGGUGCCGAUGCCGAUGCCGGUGCCGGCUCCGGUGUGGAGAAGGGGGAGGAGGAGGCGGCCCGCGGCAAAGACGGGGCGGCGGCGGGUGAGAAGAGCGUGACAAAGGUGUGGAGACCGAGGAAGCAGGGGUGGGUGGAAGGGAAGAAGUUCGGAAGCUAUUUGAGCGUCAACGGAUAUUCCGUCGACGCCGGCCAGGAUGGGUUCGACUUACGCGAGAUAACGGAGAAGAAGUGGAUUGGGUAUUGUGAUUGGCUUGAGUUGCAUUCCGAAGGGUCUCAAGGGACUCGACAUGAUCGGCCCUGGGAAGGCGGCGCUUAUUGA